AUGUACACGCCCAUCGGCUUCUUCGCGGCAAGUGGCGCGUGCUCGGCCUGCCCGGCCAACUGCACGAGCUGCACCUCCGCCAGCCAAUGCACCGGUUGCCAGAGCCGGUACUUCCUCCCAUCCGGCACCGGGCUGUGCCAGCUUUGCCAUGUCUCUUGCGCGGCGUGCACCAGCAGCACGGCCUGCACGGCCUGCCAGCCGGGGCUGGUCUUCCUCGAGGCCGAUCCCCAGGUGGAUGCCCUGUGCACGGCCACCUGCCACGCCGGCGAGUACGCCGGCCCCGGCCGGUGUGCCGCUUGCCACAGCUCCUGCGCCCUGUGCACCGGCACGGCCCGCGCCUGCCAGGCGUGCGCCCCCGGCCACCGGUGGGAUGCCCAGGCCCCGGUCGGGCCCGACGCCGCGGCACCCUGCACCCCCUGCCCCGAUGGGUGUACCGCCUGCACCGCGUCCAUGUGCCUCUCCUGCCGGGAGGGGCUCUUCCUCUCCCCGGCCGGCAGCUGCUCGGCCACCUGCCCGAGCAAGAUGUACCCCGACGCCCCGAGCCGCACCUGCCAGUCAUGCGACCCCACAUGCGCCGAGUGCCGCGGCCCGGCCGGCCACCAGUGCACCUCCUGCAUCGCGGGCCUCGAGCCCCUGCCGGCUGCCGGCAGCCCGCAUGCCUGCCUGUCCCCCUGCCCGGAUGGGGAAUUCCGCCCGCCGGGCUCGCCCGCCUGCCAGCCCUGCCACACGGCCUGUGCCCAGUGCAAUGGCCCGACCGAUCGCGACUGCUGGCGCUGCCAGGACACCCACCUGCAAGAGGGCCAGUGCGUGCAGCAGUGCGCCCCGAAGCAUGUGCCCCAAGCCGGCCAAUGCAUGCCCUGCCAUGCCUCCUGCGGCUCGUGCUCCGGCACCCGGUCCCUCGACUGCACCGGCGCCUGCCCGGACGGGCUGCUGGCCACCCGGCAAACGCCCACAACCAUGCUCUGCCGGGACACCUGCCCGGAAAACCACACCCCCAUCGGCCUCGACUGCCUGAAGUGCAUGGACAACUGCGUCCGGUGCUCCCGGGGCCCGGACAUCUGCGACCAAUGUGCCCGGAAUUGGCUUCUCAGCCAUGGCCAAUGCGUCGCCACCUGCCGGGAGACGGCCUUCUCGGUGGGCACCAGCUGCGUGGUCUGCCAUGAGAGCUGUGCAUCCUGCUUCGGGCCCGGCCCGGACCAGUGCCUCACCUGCCCGGCCAGGGCCCCGCUCCUCCAUGAGUACCGCUGCCUCGCCGGCUGCCCGGCCGGCACCUACCAGCAUGCGGAGACAUGCAUGCCCUGUAGCCCCGCCUGCGCCACGUGCCACGGCCCGGCCGCCCACCAGUGCACCUCCUGCCCCGGGGCCCAGGUCCUGGCCGGCGACGGGGCCUGCAUCGACGCCUGCCCCGACGGGCAGUAUGCCCACACCACCGACGACCAUGGCCGGCUGUGUCGGAGCUGCUCGACCCACUGCCGGCAGUGCCACGGCCCGGCCGACCACCAGUGCACCGCCUGCCCGGGUGAUGGGCUCCUGCAGGCGGGCCGCUGUGUGGCCAGCUGCUCGCCCGGGCACUUUGCCUGCCCGGGCCCGGCUCGCACGUGCGAGCCCUGCCCGGCCGGCUGCGCCGCCUGCCAGCAUCACCACACCCCGGGCCCGGCGCCCUGCGAGGCCUGGUGCACUGCCUGCCAGCCGGGCCGGCUCCUGUCGCCGCUGACCGGCGCAUGCGGCCAGGCCUGCCCGGCGGGCGAGGUGGCCCCGCCGGCCACGGCCCCCGACGCCGCCCGCUGCCGGCCCUGCGCCGCGGCCUGUGCCACCUGCCAUGGCCAUGCCGCCCGGUGCACGGCCUGCGCCCAUGCCACGGACUGGCUGCUGCCCGAAACGGGCAGCUGCUCCCCCGGCUGCCCGUCGCCCGGCUACACCCCCUCGCCGGUGGACCGGGCCUGCCUCCCCUGCCCGGAGCACUGCGAAGACUGCGCGGCCGGCCCGGACACCCGGCCAUGUGCCACCCUGCCGGAUGGCGCGCUCAGCUGCCCGGCCGCCGGCUCCUGCCUCCGGUGCGAGGCCCCCUACGUGCUUCUGGACCAGGCCGCCUGCGUGCCCACAUGCCCGGCCGGCUUCUUCCACCACCACGAGGCCCCGGUGCCAGCCUGCGCCCGGUGCCAUCCGGACUGCGCCACCUGCAUCGGCCCCGAGAGCCGGGAUUGCAUCGUGGACAAUGCCCCGGCCGCCCGGCGCCUGUACCUCGCCCUGGGUCUUGGCCUCGGCCUUGGCUUCCUGCUCCUGUGUCUGCUCGUGGCCGUGGCCCCAAAAACCCCGUACGCUCGUCCCCAUCGGCGCCGCGCCGCGCCUCGGUCACAAGCCCUGGAGCCUCUCUAA